CUCCACAAGAAUCAGACUCAAACAACAAAAACUUCACAACUUUUCUCUGAAAUGACUUUUCAAAAGGGUGUCAUCGCGUUUCUUCCAUUCCUUCUUUCAUUAGUGUUGCUACAUCAACUUUUUCUCACUUCUGUCGUAAGUGCUCAAAGUGAAAAUCUCACACGUCGCCUGCUUUCUCUAGAAGAUGAUGAAUUUGAUACUGAAGCACAGUGUCCAGCAGAUGCUCAAACUGAGAACGCAUUACAAACCGAUGAAGAAAUACAAAAUGAACUUCACACUUCUCUACUGCUAUCAUCAACUCAAACUCAAACUCAGAAGAAUGUGCCAAACGAUUCCAAUAUUGAAGUAAACAGUAUUAUCAGUGAUCCUUACAUUCCUCAAUUUCCACCAACAAUUCAAAUGGAGAGCGAUGUGUCCAUCAAUUCCAAUCUUGAAGUGCAAAGGACUAAGGAAUGUGCAUCCAACGAUAGAGUGGUCCAUGAUGAACUUUAAUAUAAAUAUUAGUGUUGUUAUCAAAUAUUUGACGGAGGUGGAUGAAAAGUUUUCAAUGGCCAGCCGGAAUUUCACGUAGAGAGACGACGUUUAAGUCAUUUAGAAUGAUCGGAUAAUAUGAUAAUAAUAAAAUAGUAUUUGAGCAAAGGAGUAUUGAUUGCUUACUUCUUGUGAUAAAAAGGAUGUAUUUAUAGACAUUUUAAAUUCAUGGAUACAAAUUUUUGUUAAUAUUCUUUUAAAUAAUCACUAAUC